UUAUCACUCUACACGCAGAUUUCCCUCGGCAGUUUUAAAAUUGUAACGGUAAAACGUUCAGAAAAAUUCUGCUGAUUUUCUGCAGAAAAACUCUGUAGAGAAUCUACAGAAAAACUGCAGAAAAGCUUCAGCAUUCUUGUUCGAAUUCGUCAGAUUUUUUCUAAUCGUCACCACGCCACGCCGCCGUGUCAAGAGACGCAGGAAAAAAGGUGCCUCAGGUCCCAACCCAACGUAGCCGAGUUUCGUUCGACACAAGAGAUAAGAACUGGAUAUCUAAGUACGCGCGGACUCACGCAUUGUUGAAAAUGGCUGGACUACAAAUGUUAGUAGAUAUAAAAGAUUUGAUAUCGACUCUGAUUAAAAAGCAAGACGAAAGUGAUAAAAAAUUGGAUGAGGUGCAAAAAAUUGUUUUGGAGAUAGGUAAUAAGGUCUCCCAAUGCGCAACUAAGAUGAAAGAGUUGUCCGUGAAGCAGGCACGCUUGGAGGCAGCCACAAAGCUUAUUUAUGGGAAAAUUGCCGAUACGGUGUACAUUUUUCCCAUAAAUAGUUUGGAGGCAUUUUUCCAACUGGAAAAGGAAGUCGUGGAAGAUGGAACACGCCGGGCAACAGUCGAAGCUGAAUUAAGGAAAAUUAUUCGCCAAAAUGAUGAAUUUUGGUUGGAAAAGGUGAUAGAGGUUGAGCUGCUAAAUGAGUUCACCGUGCAGAAAAUUAUAGGAAAACAUUCGCUCUUAGACUCCGCUGUGAUAAAAUAUUCAAUGAAAUGGUUAAAGUGCUCAAACUCAGCGCUGUCAAUCCAGUUGCGGAAACUGAAGGACAGGAAUUACAAGAGGCAGAAACACGUAAAGAGGAAGGAACAGGAGGGCGAGGAAGUAGGGGAGGUGAUGGACAUGGCGAAGCAGUCUUCAGCAGUCGUCAACGAAGAAAUAACGGAGAUGUUAGUCGGAGAGGUGAACUAUGAAUACUAA